UUCAAAUCCAUGAGACAAAUCAUGAUCAAGUUGAUCGCAAUUCUUGCCAUCGCAUCGUUCAGCUUAGUUGCUGCACAGGACCCGGCGGAGCCCAAAUGCGGUGUAUGCAUGGAAGGCAACGAAGUACUCUGUUCAUCGGAGACAUCAUAUUAUUUUUGCUUUAAUGGCGAAACAUAUGGCGAAGAGGAAGAAUGCACUGGAGACACCGUGUGCACCAAUGGGGACGCAAUCUGUGUGGCUAGGACUGAACUCUCCGAUACAGUUAAGAACUUAUGUGCCGAUGGUGGCCCCGGAGGUUGUGGCUCUUGUGGCAACGGAGCUAAAUACACCUGUGUGAGCAAGACACAAGCAGGCCGUUGCAUAAACGGCGAUAUAGCCAGCGUCAUCAGUUGCAAAGAUGAUGAGAUAUGCAUUGCGGACAUUGAAAGCGGUUCCGUUUGUGUGCCACAGUGUGCCGCUGACUAUCUUAAAAAGAGUCCAACUUGCUCUGGCGAUGCUCAGUAUACCACGCCAACUCCAGCGCCAGUCACAACACCCAGUCCCGACGAUCGUAAUAGAAUUUGCAUCGCUGCAUCGGAGGGUGUUACAGCCUUAUUUUUCUAUGCAUAUGCCGAUGCGAGCUGCAAGAGCGCCGUCUACUGCCAGAGGAACAGUGUAUCCAGCAAUGACUGGAAGUCCUUGUAUAGAACCUGCUCUGCUCCUACUCCUUACUUCGACACGCGUCUUAAAUCCUGUGUCGCCACCAAGCCGACCAAUUGUCCAGUGGCUACCACAACCACGACCACAGCUACAACCACGACCACAGCUGCAACCACGACCACAGCUGCAACCACGACCACGACCGCCUCCCAACAGCCAAACGAACCCGAAGAGAGUCCUAGUGCUCCAUAG